GUACUAAGCACAUGCAUAAGUCGACCUCUCAAUUCACGGCCGCCAUCCAAACCUUCUUCUUCUAGCAAUACCUCAAAGUCAAUAAUAGCAGCAUGGAAUUAAUGGCAGAUACCCAAAAUUCGCCAUGUAUUGCCAAAAGUGCCGCGCUCCGCUUAAGCUAGAUGGGUCAUUAGCAGACCUAAACCCAGCAGCAUUUGAUCUACUCGUUGCUACGUCCUCCCAGCAGCAUCCGAAGCGAUCGCCCUCUUCGCGCUUAACCUACCCGAACGAUACCGAGAGGAGAGCACUAUAUGAUAGAGUAUAUAAAGAUGGUGGGCCGGCAACCUUCAAAAGAAAUAGCAGUGCUUUGCGUGGCGAUGGCCAGCCUCGCGAUAGCUCCGCCAUGUCCUUCGUCCUCCUUACAGAGUCUCAAGUAGCACCCCCAAGGCUCACGCCUCCAGUAGAGCCCCAAAGUCCGAGACAGCAACGCCGAAUAUCGAUGUCCAGCGGCCAACGUAAUGACGGAAGGAAACCCGCGCAACCUCACGAGGCCGAGCGCGUUAAUAAACUUUUUGAGAUCUUAUCCGCGCGUUCAGAUAUAGACCAUCCCGUUUGUGUUGAAUGUACGGAGAUGUUAGUAGACGGGCUCCAGAAGAAGCUAGAAUCCACAGCGCGGGAACGAGACGCUUACGCCGCUUUUCUCAAGCAAGUCCAAGCCGACGUACCCAGCGAAGAAGACAUUGCCGAAUCAGAAAAGGCUGUAGAAAUAGCGCGCAAGGAAGAGCAAGAGUCAUUCAAGCAGCUAUUGGCGCUAGAGAAAGAAAAGGCGGCACUUGACCUCGAAAUUGCAGCUCUCGAGGAGGAGUCGCAGGCACUAGAUGCCGAGGAGGAGCAGUUCUGGAGAGAGCGCAAUGCAUUUGCAGUGAAACUCUCCGAGUUCCAAAACGAAAGGGAUAGCAUAAAUUCCAAGUUCGACCACGACUCACAACUUCUUACGAGACUCCAACGAGCAAACGUUUAUAAUGAUACAUUUUCAAUACACCAUGAUGGCCACUUCGCAACAAUCAACGGGCUCAGGCUUGGCAGACUAUCAUCAAAACCCGUAGAUUGGCCGGAAAUCAACGCCGCUUGGGGUCAAGCAUUGCUACUGGUUGUCACCGUUGCCGAUAAGCUAGGGUACAAAUUUGAGGGAUACGAGCCGUUACCCAUGGGCUCAACGUCCAAGAUUAUCCGCUACGAUUACCCAUCCCCAUCUUCCAGUCGACUAGGCGGACAUCGAAGCGGGCCUCCGCCAGGACCUAAGAAGACUGUAUUAGAGCUAUUCUCCUCGGGCGACCUUCCCCUGCAAAUGUUAUGGAACCGCAAGUUUGAUCAAGGAAUGGUGGCAUUCCUAGAGCUGGUAAGACAGCUCGGGGUCUUCGUCCAUCAACAAACGAAAGAAAGUAGCAGUCGGGGCGAGUACGCAGCAAACCCGCUAGCGCUCCCUUACAAGAUUGAGGGAGACAAGAUCGGCGAUGACCGCAUAGGCCACUUCAGCAUCAAGUUGGGCAUGAACAAUGAUGAGAGCUGGACAAAGGCAUGCAAGUUUGCGCUUACGUGUUGCAAGUUUCUGAUCGCACACGCGAGCAACGUGAGUCAUAUAUCAAACGGACGUUGAGGUCUAGCUAGCGCCUGGUUUGCGUGAUGGGUUAGAGAUGGCGUUUGGCGCUGCAGGAAACUAGCAAGAGGUUUUACACUGCUAUCAUGGCUGGGGCACUGAUAAUGCUGUUAGAGUCCUUAUGUAUUAGAUAUCCAAAGUAUGUACGUUUUAGGGUGCUAUAUUUGUAUAAGUCUUUAUUGCUUGUUACUAUAUUUUUGUGGUUUAACAAAUGUGGGUGAUAUUACUACGGUAUAACAGCCAAGUCUCAAAUAUAAAUAAACUCCAACAUCGCUAUCUCGAUAUUGAGUUUUUACCUAAGUCUAUUCACA